AUGGCAUCAUCAUCACAUAUAUACAUUGCUCUCUUGGCUCUUUUUGCAGUCUCUUUAAAAUGUUGUUAUUGCCAAAAUGAAACUUUAGCUGCCGGCUGGGGCAACGCUGGUGUUACUUGGUACGGUGAGCCUGAGGGCGCCGGUAGCACAGGAGGAGCUUGUGGAUAUGGGAUGGCAGUGGCUAACCCACCGUUAUACGCGAUGGUUUCAGCCGGAGGCCCUUCACUAUUCAACAAUGGACAAGGAUGUGGAACAUGUUAUCAAAUUGUGUGCACCGGGAAUGCAGCGUGUUCAGGGAGACCAAUAACGGUGACGAUAACCGACGAGUGUCCCGGUGGUCCUUGCGCCUCCGAACCAUUCCAUUUUGACCUUAGCGGCAAAGCCAUCGGUGCCUUAGCCAAACCUGGCCAAGCUGGUAGUCUUCGAGCCGCUGGUGUUCUACGUGUUAGUUAUAGACGUGCUCCAUGUUUAUAUAGAGGGACUAAUAUAGCUUUCCAUGUUGAUGCCGGAGCAAACCCUUUCUACAUGGCAUUUGUUGUGGAAUAUGAAAACGGUGACGGAGAUUUGGCCUCUGUUGAAAUUCAACUGGCUGGCGGAGGAUUUAUAGCCAUGCAAGAUAUGAGGUCCGCCCUGUGGAAAGUAAAUUCCGGCAGUGCUCUGAGAGGUCCGUUCAACAUUAGACUUACAUCUCGCGAGUCUCGUAAAGUAGUGGUCGCUCAGGGUGUUAUUCCCGCAAAUUGGAGAGCCGAUCAGACUUACCGGUCAAUCAUUAACUUUUAG